AUGAAUGCAGCUCUGGAUAACUACCAUAAUGCAGCGUACCAGUCUGAAUCACUCACUCUUUUCAACGAAUUCACCAGUCCACCAGAUCCAGCUGCUACAUCGGAUGAGAAAGCACUCUCUGGAGAAUUACAAGGUGGACUAAGCGGGUUGUAUAGUCGCUUUAGGACUUCCGUCGGAGGAGUGAGGGACAUUGUCAGUGGUGGCGGAAAGUCUACAGACAAAAAUGCGACAGAAGCUCCUGCAAUCAAGGGUCCUCCAUUGGAGCGUUCAAUUGCAAAACCAGUCUCAGAUCUAGCUACAAGCUCCGCUGAUUAUCUGCCGUCACAGCCCAACUCGUCCCAAGGAUUAAGGCUUCACUCGCCUGUUGUGCCAGACUUUCACACUCAUCAAGACCUUGCACAACUGUCGAAUUUAGGAAAGAGAUCAAGAAUAUCCUCCAAAAGUGGCAGCAUAUCUUCUAAGGCCUCUGUGUCACCAUCCCCUGGAAUCAAGCCCAGUAUCGCACCACUAACGAAAGCCACGGGCAGUGCUAUUGUGGCAGAUCCUGCUGUCACUCAACUUCAUGUGAGUGUGAUCGGGAACUCCGAUCGCUCAAGAAGCAGCUCCAUCAAUGGUCCAUUCCAGGGUAAUCACAAUGCAGAGUCGACAAGCAUCGGCAACAAAGAAGGCCUUUUGGAAAUUUCUAUGAGUCAAACAUCCUCUUCAUGGAGUCAGAACCUAUCUAGUUCGCCUGUCCUGUCUACAAAGAUGCAUGACAGCCAUCAUGAGGAAUUCAACUCUAAGGACACACUCUUCUCAGCAACCUAUACUGCAGACAACCAGUCUCGAACGUCCGUCCCUGCUUCAAAUCAACAAACGCUGCCCGAAAACUCCUCGCAAUCAACUAACAUGCAAAGCAUCAAGCAAUCUGAGUUGGUUCAGGACAAUUCAUCACAGCGCUCAGGAGAAAAUUCUAAAUCACGAGCAUAUCUUCCUUCUGAGGAGCUGAAGGCUUCAGUCUCUAAGUCAAAAAGUCUAUCAAUUUCUUCUCUUGAUGAAGCACCUUACAAAGCCGAAAGCCUCCAAACCAACAUGGAAACAAAUAUUCCUCGUGAGAGCGCCAACGCCAAUGAACCCCCCAAGGUUGCAGCCCCCAGCAGAUCCAAUGAAGAGUCAACGCCCUCAAUCCGAGCAGCGCGAUUGCCUGGUUACGUGAUUUCACGGGCCUCCACAGCUGAAACUACCACAACAGUCUCUUCAUUGCCUUCUCUAAACACUGAAUUCGAGCGGCCUACUGGUCAAUCUCUGCAAGCCAGGCGCCAACCUCCCGCUGGGGGCGACAGCGUUUUGUCACAGCUAAGGAGUAAACUGCUUAGCAGAGAUUUCUGGAUGCGGGACGAGAAUGCUAAAGACUGCUUUCAUUGCGGAGAAUCUUUCACAACUUUUCGCAGAAAACACCACUGCCGAACCUGUGGUCAAAUCUUUGAUUCGAAAUGCACUCUGCUUAUUUCGGGAACACGGUUUGGACAACCUGGGAGGAUCCGGGUAUGCAAACCCUGCGAGAAGAUGAUUAAUGCACACGACGAUGAUUCGUCUGAACUCUCCGAUAGCGAGCAGAGCCCCAUAGUGGGGAAUCCUCGAGUUUCCGAACUCAGCUGGACCAACACUGGGCCGACAUCUGCUGAUGACGAUGAUUCAUAUUCGGCUGUAUCUCAAUCGAUCGAUCAUGUUUUGAGAACCCCGACGAUGGCCAUACCGGCCACACGACGGGCUGGAGAGGGACAUAACCGCCGCUCGGCAAUCCUUGAAAUAGAUUCUGAUCGUCCUCUAGUACGACCUACCUCUUCACGCUCUCUACGGUCCUCGCUGAGUGGAAGACCACACUCUAUCAGUCACAAACGCCACCACUCUCGGCAGCAAUAUAUUCGGGGCUUCAAGCCAUUUCAUGAAGAUCGCGCUCCCUUUCAACGCCGACAUGCAGAUGACAUAGACGCUGAAUCUCGACUCCCCGCCUUCCAUAAAGAUAAUAUCAUUGACCCAGAAAUUGCCCAAUAUCUCUCGGAUGAUGCAUCCAGUGGUGAUGAGCAACCUAGUCUCUUGUCUGCAGUCUCUGAGAGCGCUCUAUCCAAAAGUGGGGGGGAAAAUGAGAGGGCAUCCUUUGGUGGGCUUCUCGCUGCCAUGAAAAAGGGCAGAUCGGCUUUUGGAGACAGAACUAUUCCCAGUAUGAAUCGAGAUGCGGACGAAACCAGUAUCACCAGUUCAAGAGCCGUGAACCUACCGCGUUUUUCUCGUCGCCGAAACCUGAGCGUCACUAGUAAUUAUCAACCACGCCAUUCACCCAGGACAUCAAAGGAUAAUAUGCUUCCUCAUGAUACCUUAGCACCAGUCGUAUCUUUACCCGAGAAAACGAAGCAGGUCGGGUUUAAGAUGACUCGGAGUUCAUCAAUGAGGGGCAAUGAUGCGCCACCAGUGGAAUUGAACAAAGCCAGUCUUGAACACGUACGAAAGCUUCUGCAUCAACUGCUUGUGGAGUCUACUGUGCCAAAUGGUGACAGCUGGGAAAACGCCUUGAUGCCGAUACUCUUGAAAGCAGCAGACGAGGUCGACCCAGAUGUCCAAAAAGGGGAUGAUAUGGACAUUCGACACUACGUCAAGUUGAAGAAGAUUCCGGGCGGCCGACCUAGUGACACUUCUUAUGUAUCGGGACUCGUAUUCACGAAAAACUUAGCUCUGAAAGGCAUGUCACGAAACAUUCUAUGUCCAAACAUCUUGAUCAUCACAUUUCCUCUUGAAUACGCUCGUCAGCAACAGCAUUUCAUGAGCCUCGAACCUGUCAUUCGACAGGAGCGCGAGUUUCUAGAGAACUUGGUCAGUCGGAUCUCAGCACUGCGUCCAAACCUACUGUUGGUUGAGAAAACUGUUUCUGGCCUAGCCCUUGGCCUCCUCGAGCAAGCUGGAAUUGCCACUGCAUACAACGUGAAGCCAUCUGUUCUCGAGGCUGUGUCGAGAUGUACACAGACUAGAAUUAUGACAUCUAUGGACAAGCUCUUGACGACCACAUUGCAUAGUGAAUGCAGCAGUUUCGACGUGAAAACAUACGUUCAUAAUGGCCGAAAGAAAACAUAUAUGUAUAUUUCUGGCUGUCCGAAAGAGCUGGGGUGUACUAUAAUUCUGCGCGGAGGAGAUGAUCAAGUCCUUGGAAAAGUGAAAAGAAUCACUGAAUUCAUGGUCUACGUUGUGUACAAUCUCCGCCUAGAAACAAAUCUUAUGCGGGAUGAAUUCGGGAAGAUAUCAACAUCACCGACAGAAGAAUCAACAAUUGUGUCCGACAAAGACAAGAAAUUCAGUUCCCAGGCCCUUGCCCACGAGGGCAACGCGCGUCUUAUCGAUAAAUGUAUUCAACAAGGAACGAACGAGAAAUACGAUGAUAUCUCCGAUGGCCAAGUUCUCGUGGAUGCUGAUGCUGCAAAAGUUCCAGAUAACAUUCCAAUGCCGACAUACUAUAACGAUGUGGUUAAGGACUAUGACACAAAGAUUUUGUCAGCCUCUCCUUUCGUGAAAUUCGAGCCUCCGUAUCUCUUGACGCGUGCGCGCGAAAUGGAACGCAGACUUUCGUAUCUGAAGUCUCUUCGUGAUCAAGACCGCAACUCAGAUCAGACCACAGAUGAAAAGGUCAAACCGCAGAAAUUUGUUCUCAUCACCCCGGAAAUGGUCCAUCAAUCACCGCAAGAUGCGCCGGCAAAAGUAAAGGAAGUGCUGCAUGCUGCGCAUGAAGCCGAGUACGAUCGGGCGCUUUAUCACCAUCAAACCCAAAAAAGACAAUGGGAAGCCUUUGUUGCGGGGAAUCCCAACAUGUUUGACCCUUACGCACAUCAGAAUCUGGUCAUACUCUACAGCCUGGUGUGCACAACAACAUCAGUCCCCUGCUCAGGACCAGAUACUUUUGCCCUAGAGUUCUACAAUGAGCACGGGGAUGACACAAUUUUCGAGUCUGAUCUCACCGUCGGACAGUAUGUGGAGGACCUUUGUCACACAGCAAAUUCCGUAUGCACCGUCAACGGCUGCGAGAAGCGCAUGUUCGAGCACCACCGCCAGUACGUCCAUGGCGAGGCUCAGAUCAGCGUCCUGGUCCAGCCUUAUCCUUCUAAACUCCGUGGGCUCCACAACUCUGUGCUGAUGUGGAGCUGUUGCAAAGUUUGUGGCAAUGAAACUCAAGUCAUGCCUAUGUCGCAGAACACAUGGAAAUAUUCAUUCGGAAAAUACUUGGAGCUUUCUUUCUGGGGAAGACACUUGCUUGCUCGUACUGGGGGUUGCUCGCAUGAUUUGCGGCGGGACUACUUCCACUAUUUUGGCUACAGAGAUCUUGCUUUGCGAGUCCAAUAUGACCCUAUUCGUCUCCUCGAGAUUAUUGUUCCACGGCCUCGUGUCACUUGGAAGGUGGACAAUGAUCUGAAGCUGAGGAACGAAGUAUACUUGCGUACCGAGCAGCGUAUCAGCAAAUUCAUGGCAUCUGUUCAAGACCGAUUGAAACGGAUCAAUGUCGAGAGUGUUGUUCCCGAGCUGCUGGAAAGCUGCAAGACGGAAAUCGAAACUUUGAUCAAGAAGGGCCAUGAAGACCAUAGCUCUUUGGUUCGGUACUUGCAAGAAAAAUACACAAGUUCGAGUUACUGGGAGAUCAUACCGCUGAAUGAGGUCCUCCGUGCAGUUCAAGAAAAGGUUGUCGAAUGGGACAUGACAUUUGCCGAUUUUGAAAUGAACUUUUUCCCAUCUGAAAAGGAUAUCAAGCAUAUGGCAACGCUGCAACUCAAAAAGAUCUUCCUCGACAAAGACGCAACAUCGGUUUCUGCAGAUGACACCCUUCAAACUCCGACAGACGUUGAAGACGAAAGCAACCAGGAAGUUGACAGGCCACGUAAGAUGCGACGCAUGACAUUGUCGCCCGAAAAGGCACAGGAUGUACUGGUUUCCGUUGUCGAGGAGCAUGCUGGCAAAAAGCACCGCGAGGAACUCCAGGAAGUUGAGAUGCCCUCGCCUCCAGUAUCAGCAGAGGAAUCAAGUUUGACACUUGAUGCUGCCGGUGGAACGAGGCCCUCGCCUCAGGAUGAGGCUGUCUCACAAGAAGAAAUCCGUCAUCUUGACUUGGCUGUUCCUACUGGUCAAUCGGAACACAGCUCCGUCGGCAAUGCUGAUAUUUCUAAUCAAUCUCCCUCCAACAUUAGUCUUCCAAUGAUGGUGCCCGGCGACGGAUCAUCGGAAUCCUCACUGCCAGAAAUUUCCGAGAUGCCCGAUCAAGGAUCCCAGAAUGAGACCGAAGACAGCGGCGCUUCCGACUUGCAAAGUACCCCAGUACGUCGGCCUUCAGCGAUACCGAGACCUACCGAGCCAGCCUUGCGACGCACGGGUAAGGUACGAUCCCCUCCGCUUGUACGUGCUCAGUCCCAGCCAGCCAAUCUACCACGAUCGACCCACAGCAUUCAACUUCCAGGGUUAAAAUUGGCAUUCACCAAUCUAAUUGAUCCGGAAAAGCCUGCAGUCCAAUCAUCAGCAAAGCCAUCGGAUAGAAAGCUGAGCGAUCGUUUGGGCUUGAGUUCCCUCAAGAAUGCCCGAUUUGGCUCAGGCCACUCACUCAUCCCACGGUCUGCUCCAGGCAAAAGGGGAAUAUCGCAGGUUUCCAAUCUCGCCAGGCAUUUUGAGCAAUUGAGUCGUGAGUUCGAAAAAGAGAGACAGCGUGAAAGACGUCAACGUGCUGCUAAGGGUACCCAGUCCCGAGCAUUCCCAUUGGCGUCCUCGAAGCCCAUCGUGGAGGUCUAUCGAAAUGUACGAGAAGCUGUUGAAGAACGUGAACCACCGGUUGAUAAUGAUGAAUCUUCGCCCUCGGUUCCACGGAUCCCAAUGGACGACUUGAGUCGCAAGAGCGAUGAACUUACACAUGAUGAUAUAACUCAUGAAGAGCCCUCUCUGCCAAACUCUUCUCCUCCGACGCCUACGGAAGUAGACAGCGCGCUCUGCUCUGACAACCAAUUGCUGUCUGGCGGCGAGGUAGACGACCACCAAAGUGAUGAGGAUCAAAACAUGGUUGAAGAUCUCCAUCCGGUAGAUUCCCAUGAAGAGACCAAACACUCAGCAGAGGAUGACUCAAUUGAUUUCAAAGAACUACCUAGACAUGAGCGCAAUACGCUUCUGAAAAUCCUGACAAAUUUCUGGUCCGAACGCUCUGCAAGUGGGUGGGCGUCUCUUGAUUAUCCACUCAGUGUCAUGGAUCAUGUAUUUGCCGAUUGCAAUAUCAUUGUUCGCGAGGAUGAACCAAGCUCUUUGGUAGCGUUCGCUUUGGAUUCUUCAGACUACAAAGAGAAACUGUCAAGCAUUCAACAGCGGUUUGACGAGGUUGAAGAACAGAAGCCAGGUGCAGAUGACAAUGAGGCUGUGAAGGAAGCACGGGUCGAACAUGCUCUCCUGCGACCUACAGGCACACACCUCAAGUAUCAAUUCCAGGAAGGCCAGGCCAAAAUGCUGUGCAAAGUGUUCUACGCCGAGCAGUUCGAUGCCCUGCGGAAAAAGUGCGGUGUGGCAGAUCGAAUUGUUGAGUCUUUGUCUCGGUGCGCAAAGUGGGACUCGAAGGGUGGCAAAACAAAAUCGUUGUUCUUGAAGACCCUUGAUGACCGUUUCAUUCUCAAGUCACUCUCGCCAAUUGAGACGCAGGCUUUCCUCAAAUUUGCCCCGGCCUAUUUCCAAAUCAUGUCCGAAGCCCUAUUCCAUGAACUCCCUUCCGCCAUCGCUAAGAUGUUUGGCUUUUACCAAGUCAUCAUCAAGAACCCAGUCACGGGAACAGAGUUCAACUGGUUCUUGUUGCUAAUGGAGAACUUAUUCUACGACCGUGUCCCUACGCGCAUCUUCGAUCUUAAAGGCUCAAUGCGAAACCGCAAAGUAGAAAGCACCGGUGAACGGAACGAGGUUCUCUUGGACGAGAACAUGGUGGAUUUCAUCUACGAGACACCUCUCUUUGCCCGUGAGCACUCAAAGAAGCUUAUUGGCCAAAGCGUAUGGAAUGACACACUCUUCUUGGGUCGUCAAGAUGUCAUGGACUACUCGCUCAUGAUCGCCAUCGAUGAAAGUCGCAAUGAACUAGUGGUGGGUAUCAUUGACUGCAUCCGUACCUACACCUGGGACAAGAAACUCGAGUCCUGGAUCAAGGACAAAGGAUUUGCUGGCGGUGGCCGCAAUCGACCAACGGUCACCAGUCCCAGGGAAUACAAGGGCCGUUUCCGUGAGGCAAUGGCCAGCUGUUGGCAUCAAUUCCAACCCAAUGGGAUAUAUCGCUAUGAGAACCAGGCCACUGAAGCUGAGACUGUUGGUGGGAACGGGCUUGCGAAAGACUCUGGUUACUAA